CCCGUUUUCGCUGACAUCUGGGCUCGAGGUUGCGAGCUUUUCUUGUCAGCCAUCAAUCGAUUUUUCUUGGUGCCGAUUGUCAGGUUCUGUCUGUUCUUAAGUGGCUGGGUCGCAUGCAGGCCCCACCAUGCCGCCACCAACCGACAGAGUGUCAAGCGCACAGUGUCUGCUGCUGGGGGUCCGCAGCUGGGGUCUGCCGCUGGGAGCGUGUGGGGGUGCCAGUGACCAUCAGCCAACUCUUGGGUGAUGCCAGGGUGGCCUGUCUCCCACACCACCACUCACUCCCACAUUCGUAUCCGGUGUUCGUAUUCCAACUUUCUUGGUGUUGGUACCUGAUCUUGCAGACAUUUUUGGUCAAGACAUUUCACAACUUUUUUAAGCGUGAUAUUUUAAAAAAAAAUAAAGAAAAAAAAUUCCAAUAAUGUCUUAUUGUACUUAUUUUUUAGUAAUCGGGAAUCAACAUGAUCAAACAUAUCAUCUUUCUCAUGAAUAAUUUUCUCAAAACGGACUUGUCU